UUCCGUUUGUCUCCAGCAGGGAGCUUGAGCUACACAUUCAGUCUGUGUCUUACUUAAGGUUAGUGGGAAAGGUUUUCAUCAUGUCGUCUGUUGCUGAUGUGCCAGUGUCUCAUUAGGAAGUGGGGUCUUAUGGGAACUCAUGAAGAGAGCUCUUAAGGUCUGCACUGCUUCACCACGAACAUGGAGAAGAUGUCACGGGUCACCACUGCUCUUGGCAGCAGCAGUGCCAUCAGCGGGUGCACUAUGUUCUGCCACUUGGAUGCGCCCGCCAACGCCAUCAGUGUAUGCCGUGAUGCCACACAGGUGGUGGUGGCUGGCCGCAACAUCUUCAAGAUUUACACACUGGAGGAGGAGCAGUUUGUGGAGAAAUUAAAUCUCCGUGUUGGACGUAAGACUUCGCUGAACUUCAGCUGUGCAGAUGUGAUGUGGCACCAGAUGGAGGAGAACCUGCUGGCUACAGCAGCCACCAAUGGGGCAGUGGUCACUUGGAACCUGGGAAAGGCGUCUCAUAACAAGCAGGACCAGCUGUUUACUGAGCACAAACGCACUGUCAACAAGGUCUGCUUCCAUCCAACGGAGGUCUACAUGCUGCUGAGCGGCUCACAGGAUGGCUUCAUGAAGUGCUUUGACUUACGCAAAAAGGAAUCCGUCAGCACGUUUUCAGGUCAGUCAGAGAGCGUGAGGGACGUUCAGUUUAGUAUGAAGGAUUAUUUCACGUUUGCUGCAUCAUUCGAGAACGGCAAUGUCCAGCUGUGGGACAUCAGACGCCCUGACCGCUAUGAGCGGAUGUUCACUGCUCACACUGGUCCUGUGUUCUGCUGUGACUGGCACCCCGAUGACAGGGGCUGGCUAGCCACUGGUGGCAGGGACAAGAUGGUGAAGGUUUGGGACAUGACAACAAACCGGGCUAAGGAGAUCUACUGCGUCCAAACAAUUGCCUCAGUGGCAAGAGUUAAGUGGCGGCCCGAGAAGAAGUUUCAUUUGGCCACCUGUUCCAUGAUGGUUGACCAUAACAUUUACAUUUGGGACAUCCGCAGACCUUUCAUUCCCUUCGCCACUUUUGAGGAACACAAGGAUGUGACCACUGGCAUCGUGUGGCGUCACCAGCACGACACUCGUUUUCUGCUGUCUGGCUCCAAGGACAGCACGCUCUACCAGCAUAUGUUCAAGGAUGCCACACGUCCGGUGGACAAGGCCAACCCCGAGGGUCUGUGCUUCGGCCUGUUUGGUGACUUGGCCUUUGCAGCUAAAGAGAGUCUGAUCAGCAGUGACGCCAACAGAAAGCCGUACCCUGGGGGUGAUCGACGCUACCCCAUCUUUUUUUUCAAGAAGCCUGACCCGACAGAACAAUUUGCCCACGUGUCCAGUGCUCUCAGCGUCUUUGAGACAGACUUGGAGAGUAGCCGCAUGGACUGGUUUGUCAAGACGGCACAACUCUACCUCCUCAGUGGGAAGCCAUUUAGUGAGCUUUGCGAUCACAACGCCAAGGUGGCCCAGGAGCUUAAAAGGCCUCAGGUCUCAACCACAUGGACCAUGUUGAAAAUCAUGUUUUCUGACCCAGCGAACCUCACAGCGCAUGGUCCCAACCACAACCUCAGUAAACUUGGCACUUUGCCUUUAAUGAACAGUUUCAAUAUGAAGGAAAUGAGCUCAGAUAGUAGAUUGGACAACAGGCAGGACAACCUCCACCUGGAGCCUGGGAACGCCCACCUCAACAAUAAUAAUGAAGAAAACGAGGAGACCGAGGGCAGCGAGGGCCAGGCUGAGUAUAUGUUUGGUGAUGCUGAGUUGGAUGACGAUGAACUCUAUUCUGUGGAACAUGACAAUCAGACAGAGGAGCACGAGUACACAUUGCCUCAGGAGGCCUUCCAGCUGCGCCACGAGAUCGUGGACAACCCGUCUGCUCCUGAGCACCUUCAAGACAAGGUCGACUCACCGCACAUCAGUGGCAACGAGGCAGAAGUCAUGUGUCUGACGCCCAUCGAGUCAACCUCACUCAUCUCCAUUUCGCAGUCACUUUUCAGCCCCCAUUUACCCGCCAGCUUCUUUUGCCCCAUCGUGCGGGAAAUGCUGAGUUACUACGCCGAGCAAGGCGAUGUACAGAUGGCCAUUUCGGUGCUGAUUGUCUUAGGGGACCGAAUCCGCAAAGAAAUCGAUGAUCUCACUCAGGAGCACUGGUACAUGUCCUACAUAGACCUGCUGCAGCGAUUCAAGUUGUGGAAUGUGUCCAAUGAGGUCAUCAAGCUGAGUACCUGCAGUGCUAUCACCUGUCUAAACCAGACAUCCACCACACUGCACAUCAACUGUAGCAACUGCAAACGGCCAAUGAGCAACAAGGGCUGGAUUUGUGACAGAUGUCGCCAGUGUGCCAGUGUGUGUGCCGUGUGCCACCAUGUGGUGAAGGGGCUGUUUGUGUGGUGUCAGGGCUGCAGCCACGGUGGACAUCUGGAGCACGUAAUGAACUGGCUCAAGAGCAACGUGCACUGCCCGGCCGGCUGCGGCCACCUGUGUGAGUACACCUGAGCCGCGUGCGGCUGACGUUCACUGGGUCUCUGCCAGGGCAAGAAACGAUCUCCCCUCCGGCUUAGUUCAUCACAAACACACUCCACAGGCUGAGCAGACAUCGCUGUCCGUCCACCUGCAUGAGUCGCGAACCAAAGAGGGCUGUUACAAAAGUGUGAUUAAAGAUUUCAUCCACAAGCUCAGAAGGACAGUCCAGCAGACGUUCAUGAAACUACCUUUUUGGAUUUUAAUCAGCUGUGAUUUUUGGACAUGCACAGAUGUUUUGAAACAAGUAAAGAAUUCAAUAUUUUGUUAACUCUGACUUGCAUUUUACAUUGUUUUACAUCCAGAAACUUUGCACAUGAAUCUCUUCUCCUCAUACCUGGAUUGUUUAUAUCCGCUGAUAGAAACAUUUUGAAGGACUGUAGCUGUGAAGUAACUUCAUCACACUGUUAAGGGCAAUACUUCAA